GUAUCACCGAUCUACGGAAAGAGCCGAAGAUGUCGGCUCAGUCAUGUGAUCAGCUGUGUCCAAUCACAGCUGAUCACAUGUACACUGAUCAUCAGGGCACUGAUGAUCAGUGUGCCCUGAUGAUCAGUGUGGCCCGAGAAGUGCCACCUGUCAGUGUCCAUCAGUGCCACGUGCCAGUGCCCAUCAGUGCCACAUCAAUGCCACAUACCAGUGCACAUCAAUGCCACAUAUCAUGUGCCCAUCUGAGCUGCCUUUCAGUGUGACCCAUCAGUGCCAGUCAGUGCCACCUAUCAAUGCCAAUUAGUGCCACCAAUCAGUGCCGCCUAUCAGUGCCAGUCAGUGCCGCCUAUCAGUGUGCAUCAGUGCCGCCUAUCAGUGCCCGUCAGUG